CUUGCCAUGGAGGGGUGGUUGAGCUUAAGUUUCAUAGCACUAUCCACGCUACUAGCCAUUUGGUUUUUCAUGCUCUCCGGUGGGAAGAAGCAGCAGCUGCCUCCUGGGCCAUGGAGACUACCGAUUAUCGGUAGCCUCCACCACGUCGUCAGCGUCCUCCCGCACCGCACCAUGCUAGAUCUGUGUCGCCGGCACGGGCCAAUGUUUUACCUGCAGCUAGGCGAGGUCCCCACAGUGGUGAUCUCCAGCGCCGAGGCUGUGAGGCAGAUGAUGAAGGCCAACGACCUCCAGUUCCCAAACCGCAUGGCCUCCGGGAUGCAGAACAUCGUCGGCUACGGCGGCAAGGGCAUCAUCUUUGCCCCGUACGGCGAGCACUGGCGCCAGAUGCGCAAGGUGUGUGUCACGGAGCUGCUCAGCUCCAAGCAGGUGAAGCGCAUGGAGAGCAUCCGGGGAGAGGAGAUGGCCACCCUCCUCCGCUCCAUCACAUCCUCGGCCGGCGCCACCGUCAACGUCAGCGAGAAGCUCUCGGCCCUGAGCAACGACGUCGUGGCGCGGGCGGUCUUUGGCGGCAAGAUCAGCCAGCAGCAGGAUUUCAUCCACGCGACUGACCAGAUCACGGACCUACUGGGGGGCUUCUGCCUCGUCGACCUCUUCCCGUCGUCGAGGCUGGUGCGGUGGCUGAGCAACGAGGAGCGCCGCCUUAAGAGCUUCUGCGACGUCAUGCAGCGUAUCAUUACCGACAUCCUCCUCGAGCGCAAGGCCGUGCGCGCCGCCAACAAUGGCACCUGCGACGAGGGCCUGCUGGACGCGCUGCUCACGCUGCAGGAGGAGGACUCGUUGGAAUCCCCUCUAACCACGGAGAUGAUAACCACCGUCUUGUUUGACAUAUUUGGAGCUGCCACUGACACCACUUCAACAACUUUAGACUGGGCUAUGUCAGAACUCGUUAAUCAUCCAGAAGCUAUGGCUAAGGCUCAACUAGAGGUCAGGGAGGUACUAGGUCCUGACCGAGGUAUCAUUGGCAGUAGCGACCUUGCAGAACUGCACUACAUGCGGAUGGUUAUCAUGGAAGCUCUAAGAUUGCAUCCACCUUUCCCUCUACUCAACCGCAAGAAUGAAGAGGACUGCAAAGUUAUGGGUUAUGACAUGCUUAAAGGCACGAAUAUAUACAUUAAUGUGUUUGCAAUUUCCCGGGAUCCUCGGCACUGGAAUAACCCCAAAGAGUUCAAUCCAGACAGGUUUGAGGACAAUAAGAUGGAUUUUAACGGGACAUUCUUCGAAUUCGCUCCUUUCGGGUUUGGGCGGCGGCGAUGCCCUGGAAUAACAUUUGCCUCAUCAAGUUUAGAGAUGGUACUAGCAAACUUUCUCUAUCACUUUGACUGGAUGCUUCCUACUGGGGCCAUCUCGGCAACUGUGGACACGUCCGAGAAAUUUGGGCUAACUGUACGUAUAAGUUCUGACCUGCAGCUCAGAGCUAUUCCACAUGUUUUCUCUAAAGCUAUGGAGAUAUAAACCCACCGUUCAGUACACGAGGAGGGUCUGUACAUGUGGAAUUUUCUCCUUCAUGCAUACAUUAGAAUAAGACUAUCUCGUGGAAAAAUGGUUGUACCACACUGUACUAUUGUUCGUGUUACCGUUGGCAAAAUUUAAGGUUUUCAUGUCUGCCAA